AUGGCUGAUCCCGGAACUAGCAAACCGAAGUUGCAGGUCUACUUAGAUGCAGCGCAUGCAAAGUGCAGCAUAUGUUUAAGCAUAUGGCAUGAUGUUGUCACCGUCGGUCCUUGCCUUCAUAAUUUCUGUAAUGGAUGCUUCUCUGAAUGGUUAAGGAGAUCACAGAAGAAACAGUUGACGGUGCUGUGUCCUCAGUGUAGAGGAGUCGUGCAAUUUGUCGGGAAAAAUCACUUUCUACAUAAUAUAGAAGAGGACAUAAUACAGUCUGAUUCUUCUCUAAAGAGGUCAGAAGAAGAAAUUGCUCAGCUCGACUCCUAUGCAAUGAUUCACUCAAACAUUGUUAUUGAGACUGGAAAGAGUCGUGAGCAUAAAAGGCCACGUGUGGAAUCAGAAGUUCCUGAUGAGGAUUAUGCUGAGUUCUUGGAAAGAUUUGGUGUUGCUUCUCGUCAAUGCUUGCAAUGUGGCACAGAGUAUAAUGGAUUCCGCUGCAAUGAGGAUACAGUCCACUUAGAAUGUCAUGCCUGUGGUCGUGAAAUGCCUCUGAGAGUCGAUUCUGAUGCACCUCAACUCUGUCUAGGAUGUGACAGACCUUUUUGUGGUGCUUACUGGCCUGCUCAGGGAAAUCUCCUACGUUUUCCAUGCAGCUUAGAUAGUUUCAAACCGAUCUCAGAUCGGUCCAUCUCAACAAUUCCACAUUUGGCUCAUGAAACUAAUCAAGUUGAGAAGGAUGUUACGGAUAGGUGUAUUAGACAGAUGGGGAGAACACUAACUGAUGUUGUCUCAGAAUUGAUGGUGAAGUUGGACAACGGAGAAAUUGAUCGAUCAAGGCUGCAACUAAAGCAUGCAGACACUAUUUCGUCAAGUACACACGUAUGCGGUGAGUGUUACGAUAAGUUGGUUUCAUUUCUCUUGUACUGGUUCCGCAUUGCCACUCCGAAACAACAUCUACCACCGGAUGCAGUUAACCGGUCUGAUUGCUGGUACGGCUACGAGUGCCGGACACAGCACCAUAACCAAGAACAUGCUCGUAGAAGGAAUCACGUCUGUCGUCCGACUAGGAGCUCAGGCAACAAUGGUGGCGGUGGCAGUGGAUCUGGUCCCAGCCUAGGAUGA